UUUAACACAUUGUGUGUGGAUUUCUACAUAAUAGUGUAAAACAUGUGUAAAUAAUGUGUAAAAAGGCUUAACACAGUUGAUGUGUUGGACAGUGAAUCUGAAUUCUGCCCAGCAACAGCGUCAUCCUUUUUUCGCGGUCAUCCAUAUUCGCGCCACAGUGAGUCGCUAAAGAAAACUGCCACAGUCCUCUCCAAGGAGAAGGGUUAGGAUCGAGACUCCAAACUCCACGGAAGGGAGACAUGGGCCGCAGGAAUCUGUGAAAGUUCUUGCAACUACUUUUAAGAAUGGAAAUGAAUUGAAAAGAAAAAUUUACAGUGUCCAAAGCACAACAGAGCUUCUGGAAAAAACAAGUGAAUUGGGAUUUGUCCUUGACCGGAUUUUAAAAUUUAACACAGAUUUCCAAGAGUUUACUGAUGUUGACAGUAGUGUGCAGAUAAGUAACCUUGACAGAUUCCAAGUGCACUUUUCAGAAGCAUCCCAUCUUCAAACUGUCCCAAGAGAAGUCUGUCAAACGCAGCCUACACAGGAGCCGGAUCAGCAGGCUGGUCUGAGGCCUCUGCUUGAAAUGAAAGUUCCAGAAAUAUUUGAUGAACUCCAAACUAAGGCCAUUGUUACAGAGAAGACCCGAAUGAAACUCAUUAAAGUUUGCAUCUCUGACUUAGUGGAGAAGCAUGGAUUUUAUCCGUCCACUAUUGAAAAGGUGGUUCUUGCAAAGAACAUCAUCACCAUCUUCCCAUCGCUUAAAGUCCAAAUUGAUGGCAGAGGAGAAGGCUUUGAGCAUUUCUUCGAUCCAGCAUCACACUCUGGGUUUUUGGAGAUGAGACUUCGCAAUAUCCGCCGGAAGCUAGAGGAAGGCCAGCGGCGUUACAGUUGGCACAAGAGGUGCCGAGAUGUUGAAGAGAUGUCAAGUUCUGUGCAGGAUGAAGGGGACGGCAGCGAAGUCAGAGAGCUCAUCAACCUGAUGAAAAGGCUGAGGCCUUCUGCAGAAAACAUGUCCUCAAUCAAAUCAGCGAUGCAGAAAACAUUCACCUGGCGCAGAUCGUGGAUAUCCAAACAUUCCCCCACCAUGGAGGAAAUCUUGCAAGAGUAUCCACGCUUCUUGGAUAUACCAACACUGCUUGAUACAGAGUUUGGUAAAAUGCAUCAAGGAAAGGGGACCUGUUCCUAA